CUCUGUUCAGUGAGAUGAAGUGAUUCUCAUUCUUGGGUCGUAGAAAUGGGACAAGUCCUCCACAAAUUUUGCUGUACAUUAUUUUACAUGAUCGUGAAAUAAAAUCUAAAAGAUAGAAACAGAUCAUCAUAAUUUUAAGGAUGUUUUUCCCAUAUGUUUCUACCUCGGCUGUUAAUUACGCACUUGUGUUGGGAAUAACGUGUUUGACUAUCUUCAGCAACUUUACCAAAAGUUCUUCAGAGUUCCCAGGGUACCUGACCAGAGCACUCAGGAAUUACACAGAACAAGCCUGUGAUGGCGAGUACUUUUCUGUGCAAUGCCCUCCCAGGACUACGAUAAGCAUCCAGUCCUCGUUUUAUGGAAGGAAGGUCCCAAAUCACCAGAUGUGCCCGCCACACCUCUCGCCUUCCAACACAAAGCUGUUCAAAGAGGAUACAACGUGUUCUGUUUCAACUUCAUUACGGAAAAUGCUGGAUGAGUGCCAAGACAGAAGAAGCUGUCACGUCCUUGUCAAUAGCCGACUCUUUGGGAUUGACCCUUGCCCCAGCAACAGCAAAUACCUCAUCGUGUGGUACAAAUGCCGGCCAAAUGAGUACAAGAACAAAGUGGCAUGCGAAGGUGACAAGAUGAGACUGAGCUGUAAAAGGAGUAUGGUGAUUGCAAUCUAUUCUGCUUUCUUUGGGAGAUCUCAGGAAGGAACUCUGGAGUGCCCCUAUGUUAACUCUAGAGUGCCAGCAGUGGAAUGCCAGACAGGUACUGCACUUCAGAUAAUGACAGAUCGGUGUCACGGCAAGAGAAUCUGCAGUGUGCACGCCACCUCCCGUGAAUUUGGGGACCCUUGUUACUCGGGCAUUCACAAAUAUCUCAACGUGAUCUACACCUGUGUCCCAAAGAAACUGCUGGAGGACAUUGAUUCCAAGCGAACAGUCUCUCACAACCCCAGCUUUCCAGAGCAUCCCAGAUUACACGACCCCAACAUUAUAGGAGACGGUGUUCUUCCUGAUGGGCCAACAUUUGUAACAACUGGUUCCCUGCCAGAACAGAAGAAGAAGAGAGGAAGGGAGUCUGAAACUUAUUCCAGGGAAGAAAAGCCCUUUUUGGAUGCUGUAGAUGGAGAUGACCGGCAGGUCUUGAACCACACAAUGGAGUCCAGGUCAAUCAACACAGAAAUGACGCUCAUCACCAAUGUGCUGGCAGCCUACACUUACAUAUCAGAAAACCCUGAGCGUGCAGCCUUGUACUUCGUGUCUGGAGUGUGUCUCGGUCUCAUCCUCACGCUGUGUGCACUCGUGGUGCAGAUUUCCUGCCGGACGGACUGUAAAACUACCGUUCCCCAGAAGCGCCAGAAGAAAGUGGAGAGUGACAGUGACAGCAGUGACAGUGACAGUGACUGGGACACCACCUCUGACCUGUCUGCUCGGCGGCAUCGCCGCUUCGAGAGGACUUUAAAUAUGAACGUCUUCACCUCUGCAGAGGAGCUGGAGCGAGCCCAGAGGCUGGAGGAGAGAGAACGGAUAAUCAGGGAGAUCUGGAUGAAUGGGCAGCCAGAUAUCCCAGGCACACGCAGCCUGAACCGCUAUUACUAGUGAUGGGAGGAGCCCCGUGUGUGAAAAUGACCUGUUAGAUUGUGCUUGGAAAUAAUAACAAUUUGCCAGACCUUGAGGGCAUUAAAAUGGAGGAGGUCUUCUGCUUUGUGCAGUGAGAAUAAGCUAUUCAUUUAGCAUAUAAAUGUGACUGAAAACAGGACUUUUGGAAACGUAGCACUGUUUCUACAAAGCUUUAUAUCCAUAUGAACUAAGGGUGACUUAGAAGCACUGACCAUUUUUUUUUGUUAAUAAACUGUAUGUAUAUAGAAUUCUACCAUGAUCACUGGACACAAUAUGGAUUGAAGUCAACAACAAAACGGAAAUGGUGUGUUCUUGGACGAUGUGGGCAAAUAUAGAGUUAGAUUUCUCUAAGAAUGAAAGCAGGAACUCUUGGCUUAUAAUGGUUUGAAACCAUUCUGGUAACAUAAUGUAAAGUGGAAAUUUAAUGGAGAUGGGAUACAAAAGACUUUUGAAUCCUCUCUUUCUAAUAGAAAUUGGACUACAAAAUUGUGGAAUAUUUAUCAAAGGAACAACUGCAUUUCUGAUGGUGAAAUUUUGAACCAAAAAUGUUUUGAAUUCAUCUCAACCCUUGUGAAAUUGUUUAUUUUAAUAUUUAACUUUUGGAGGUUUUUGUGCUAUGAAAUAUUUUUUUUAAAUGCAAAGCUUUGACUGGCACCUCAGGGAUGAAAUCCUAGUAUUUGUAUAAUUUGUAUUUUUCCUAAGAAUAUUACCACAUUUCUUGAGAUGUCUCAGCAUUUUGUAAACAGUUACAAACCUCAAAGAGGUUGACUAAUUAUGUUGUUUUUGAGAAACUGCACAAUGUUGUGCCUUAACCUACUAGUUAGACUGUAGAUUAAUGAAGUAAUGUUUUAGAAAUAGUGAUACUCUUCUAAGGUUUUCCUGAUUAUGAUGUGAGGGGAGCAUGCAUAGAUAAUGAAAGCAAAGCAGUACUUUAUUUAAAAAUAGCUCUGAAAAACAAGAAACAACGUUUUGUAUUUCAGAUGGUUUGGUCCCAGGUUUCACUAAUUGUCUAAUGGGCCAAAAAACACAACAGUAACUCCACAUUCUCAUACCGGUCAAUCUGGUAGUCAACCUCCUUUGGAGCUCAAGAUUGUAGCCCAGCUGUGGUCAGUUAAGCACAGGACUGUAGUUAUCCCUGCUGUAUAAGGGAUAUCGUACCAUCGGUGUGAGGAAAAUAAUCCAAAACGCCACAAAUGCAAAACAAAAACCUGAACUCCUCCUUGGCUGGACAGCUAAGCUGAAAAGCAGCUCAAUAGAAACACUUCAAACUCAGAACCCACGAGUACCAGAGCUAUCACAGGCCUAUUGUCUCAUGGUCAGUCAAGGAAAGAUCUCCCUCCUGCGCAGGGAUCCUAGCUAAGAAUCGUCUCUUGUCCUUGGAUAGCAGAUAUUGACUGACAUCUGUAAGACUUGGCUUCUUGUUUCUUAAAAUGUCACCAGACCAAUUGUUUUCUUCCAAUUGGUUAAGUGAGUAAAGACAAAAAAUAAAGCUAACGGAGAAAUCAAGAAAGGUUAUUAAUGCAACAUGUUUUUGGAGCUGUUGCCAGUCUUUAAGGCCAAUAAGGAAAGGCUUGUAUCAUUUUAGGUAACAUUUGUCAUGAAAUUGUAUUUACUUAAACACCUGAUGUGAAUGCCCAAUAUUUUGCUGGGUGCUGUUGUUAUGUGUAUCCGGCAAAAAUAGAAAAGUGUUGUUAUCCAUAUUUGACUAAGUUGUUCACUAUUUCAUCUAGUUUCAACAAAUAUUCGGCUAGGGUGUGCAAUAUUCGUGAAAGUCAAUUUUAGGUUUCAUUUUCUCUCAUGCUUAAGUGUAUUUGGUUUAGAUAUUUUUUCUGUAAUGUUUCGGAUUGUCGCUCUAGCCCACCAUCAGCUCAUUCGAUGGAAAAUCCAUCCAUCUGACCCCAAACUGGAGCAACAAUUUGGAAACUUCUAGAAGAACAGCUCUUCAAGCCAGCAUAGAACACAAGAACAAACAGAAAGAUAAUCAGGCAGAUUUCUUUCAAUAACUACGGGCUUUUUUAAUCAUUGAAGCAAUCCUCUGUGUUUGUUGUUAGAGUAUAUUAUGCAUGUUGACAUGAAAUAAUAAGUUUCCUUCUGUUAUGGUACAACUUUUCAUACAAUUUUUAACAGCAAUUUAUUAUAAAUGUGUCUGCUUUGCUUUCUUUUUAUCUAAAUAUUUAAUGACUCUAAGAAAGUGUACAAAGAAUAUUGUAGUACAGUAGUACUAUAAUGGCUUUAAUUCACCUUUCUGGAUGUUAUAUCACAAUUAGUUACAAAAUAUUGACCCAUGGUAGUCACAUGCUUAUGCUGUGUUUUAUAACAUUUGACUACAAAGGCUAGAUAAAGUAUAAAAUGUCACUUGUACAACACUAUCAAGGUUACACAUAAUUGAUUUGAAAAAAUGCUUGUAUUUAAAUGGAGUGGAAUGUAUGAUAUACCAAAGACUGGGUUAAUCAGACCAAAAAUGAGACUUGUGUUUGAAAUAAAUGUUUUUUUAAAAGGAA